GAUAUUUCUUCUGUGAAGAGUCAUGAUGAUCGGAGCAGUUCGGAAAAUUCGGUAAAAAAUGGAAACUCCGUCACGAAUUGUGACGAUCGGCAAAAAAAUAUUCCAGUCAUUACUACAUCUCAGGAAAAUAAUGAUGAUGACAUUGAGUUCACUAAAAGUCAGGUUGUAGAGCAAGAAUUAACAAAGGAAUUGCUUAGCGCUGAGGUAACCACAUUUCAUGCCUUCAAUUCAAAAGAUAAGGUAAGUAUAUCAUCCGAUUCAUCUCCAGAAAAUGAUCAAGAUUUAAAAUUACCGAAAGUUGAAGUAAAUACAUCUACCAAAGAUACUGAGGAUGAAGACGAUAAUAAGGAAUCUUCCGAUGAUGAUAACUCUGAGAAUGAGGGUUCCUUCAAUAACAAUGAAGAUAAUAGAGGGUUCUGUG